GCCCGCGCCGCUCUAGCAGUUUAAAAAGAAGCCCGCGACGGCGCACACAAACGGCCCAUGUUUUUAUUUUUAUUUGUCUGUUUUUUGGAAUAACGCGCUCCACGUAAUGAUGGAGUGGUCUCUGGCCGGUAAACCGGAGAGGGUGGGGCCAGUGGAGGUGGAGGACAUAAGGAAGGACCUGCUCAGUGACUUCUCUGCUCUGCCCACCCAGGACUCUCAGUCUGAAAACCUGCAGGUUUUUCUAAGGAUUCGACCGUUCACUUCGGCCGAGAGCGACAGUGAAGAGACACAGGACUGUGUGACGAUGGAGGGUCCAGACACUGUGAUCCUCAAAGCUCCAAGAAUCAACAAGUCUCUGCCUCAGACGGGCCAAAGGUUCACCUUUACCCAGGUGUUUGGUCCAGACUCCUCUCAAAGGGCUGUAUUUGAAGGCUCUGUCCGUUCUCUUGUUCGGGAUGUUCUCGAUGGAGGAAACUGUCUCGUUUUCACCUACGGAGUCACCAACGCCGGAAAGACCUUCACGUUCCUUGGUCCAGACCAUGACUUGGGUCUCCUCCCUCGCUCCCUGGCCGUCAUCUUUAACAGUAUAGAAGGCAAACUUUACUCUCGCUGUGACCUUAAACCUCAAAGAUGCAGAGACUACACCAGACUGACCCCGGACCAGCAGAGCCUGGAGAGCGUCUCCAAGAGGACCCUCAUGAAGAUGUUCAAGGAGACUGACAAAACGCUGACCUCUGGGAAGUCCACAUUUCUCGAUGGUUCAAACGUGACAGACUCGAGCCUCAGCAGCUCUUCUGAAGACUCCUUUGUUCUGGAGGUGGAGGACACGGUUAAAUUCUCCGUUUGGGUUUCCUUCUGUGAAAUCUAUAACGACAACAUCCACGACCUGCUGGAGCAUGUUCCAAAUGGGCAUCAGAAAAGGACAGUGCUGCGUCUGUCUCAGGACGUGAAGGGGAACUCCUUCAUCAAAGACCUGCGGUGGGUACAGGUGAGCAGCUCUGAAGAGGCCUACAGAAUCAUGAAGAUCGGGAAGAAGAAUCAAAGCAUCUCAGCCACACGACUCAACCAGCUCUCAAGCAGAAGUCACAGUAUCUUCAGCAUUAGACUGAUGAAGAUCGAUGAUGUGGGAGUGCCUCGAGUCCUGGCCAUCAGCGAGUUGGCGCUGUGUGACCUGGCUGGGUCAGAGAGAUGUUCUCGCACACAGAACACAGGAGACAGACUGAAGGAGGCGGGGAACAUCAACAAUUCUCUGCUCACGCUUGGAAAGUGUAUCAGCGCCAUGAGAACUAACCAGCACAGCAAGUUCCAGCAGCACAUUCCGUUCCGAGAGUCCAAACUCACUCACUUCCUGCAGUUUUUCUUCUGUGGCUCGGGGUCAGGAAAGGUCUCGAUGGUCGUCAACAUCAACCAGAGCUCCUCCAGCUUCGACGAGACCCUCAACGUGCUCAAGUUCUCCGCUCUGGCUCAGAAGGUGGUGGUUCUGAACACGCGGCCCGCCCCCAUGGACGCUGCCCCCCAGAGGUCGGCGAUGGAACUGUCUCUGAUCAUUGACGAGGCCGAAACGCGACGCUUCAGAGGCCGAAAGAGCUCCAUGGUCUGGGAGCGCAGCCUGGAGGAUGUGCUGGAGACCGAGGACUGGGACAACGAGUUGGAUGAAGAGGAGCAGGAGGAGGAAGAGGAGGAGGAGCAGACUGAGAUGGAGGGCACAGUCUUGGAGGUGACUGUAGAUGAAACCACAAUGGAGGGCACACAGAGUGACAGAGCGGCUGCCCUGAGGCUGGUGCUGGAGGCUCAGAUCAGAGAGGAGGUCAGCACCGAGUUCAUGGAGCUCUUCAACAAAAUGGAGAAAGACUACAGUGAGCGUUUGGAGAAGGAGCGUGAGAUCCUGGAGGAGAGAGCAGAGAAACGAGUCGAAAUCCUCAAGAACCUGGUGCACAGAACUGUGGAUCUGUCUGCGCUGGAGAGACAGGACCCAGAGCAGGGGGCCGUGUUGGAGAGUAUUAUCAGCGCUCAGGACCUGGAGAAGAUCAGAGAAGAACAGGACAACGCCAGAGAGGUGCAGACUCUGCGUGUGCAGAGGCAGGAGACUCUGGAGCAGCUGGAGGCAGCCCGGCAGUCUGUGGAGGAGCAUGUGCAGCAGCUAUCUGAACUCACUGAACUCUGUCAACAAAAAGAUGACAUCAUCAACAAACUCACCUCCACCUUGGACCAGACUGUGGAGGACGCUACCAGAGAGCGCUCUGUGGUGGAGUCUGUCCGCACUGAACUGAUGCAGCUCCAACAGAACUGCUCCUGUCAAAGGAGACGAGGAGUCGAGGAAGGAGAGGAGAUGAAGGAGCAAGGGAAGGAGGAGAGGAAACGGCCGAGGGGCUCCAGCGACGAGGAGACGGGUCCAUCCAAAAAGAGAGCGCUGUUGGAGGAGGAGAUUUGGAGGCUUCAUGAGGAGAUCGACCAAAAAGAACAUCUCAUCUGUGAACUUAGACAACACAACGAGGAGGAGGAGACCAGGCUGAACCAGACUAUAACCAGACUACAGGAGGAUCUACAGCAGAGGGAGGAGGAGGAGACCAGACUGAACCAGACUAUAACCAGACUACAGGAGGAUCUACAGCAGAGGGAGGAAGAGGAGACCAGACUGAACCAGACUAUAACCAGACUACAGGAGGAUCUACAGCAGAGGGAGGAAGAGGAGACCAGACUGAACCAGACUAUAACCAGACUACAGGAGGAUCUACAGCAGAGGGAGGAAGAGGAGACCAGACUGAACCAGACUAUAACCAGACUACAGGAGGAUCUACAGCAGAGGGAGGAAGAGGAGACCAGGUUGAACCAGACUAUAACCAGACUACAGGAGGAGCAGUCUAGGCUGAACCAGACUAUAACCAGACUACAGGAGGAUCUACAGCAGAGGGAGGAGGAGCUGGAGCAUGGGACGAGAAGGCAAAUGGAACUGGAGACCAAAGUGCAGGAGCUCUCAGAGGAGACGGGCUGUUCGAGCUGUGAAUCUGUGUUCCUGUCUUUAGAGUCAGAACAGAAAGAAACGUCUCGACUCAACAAAGAGAACAAGGCUCUGGUCAAUGGCAUGUUCCAGCUGCAAAAUCAGGUGACCGAUCUGAAGAAGCAGCUAAGCUCUCAGAGUAACAGGUCCGACAGCUUAUCAGAGGAGCUCACCUGCACCAAGACCCGCCUCAACAGCCUCCAGAGCCAAUCAGAGGAGAGGGAGCACACCAUCCACGAGCUCAGAGGAGAAGUGGAGAGGCUCAGACAAGACGCCAAGGAGGAGAACAUGUUCCAUGAGGCGAUGGAUCGUCUGAAAGAGGAGAGUGAAUCUGCUCUGAACAAAUCUGCAGAAAAAACUCAACAAAUCCAAGAACUGCAAGAAAAACUACAGCACAGUGAGCGUCUCUGUACGGAGCUGAGGGAGGAAUUGACCAAACAGAGGGCUGCGUUUGCGUGCUUGGAGGCGGAGCUAAAGGAGCACUGUGCUUCAUUUAAACAAAGACUGGAAACGAUAGAAGAGGAACGAGAACGCACCGAUCAACGGAAUCGAGACCUGUUGGAGAUGGUGUCUCUCAGGGAGCAGACUGUGGCUGAAGCUCACUCUCAGAUGGAGACUCUGAGGAAAGAGUUGGAGCGUUUGAGAGAGCAGCUCCAGGAUCCAUCAGAGGAGGAGGAGAAGGAGAGACAGCCCCAACACCAGCAGCAGAACCUCGAGGAGAACCAUCAUCAGAAGUUGCAGGAGGAGGAGGUGACGGAGGAGAGGAAGGUGACCGUGGUGGAAGAGCUGAGAGAAGAGCUCCAAAAACUGCAGCAGAGACGGAACAACAGGGCCCGAAGACAGGAGCAGAGCCAAGAACAGGAGAACACGGAGGAAGAGAACCAAACAGAUGAGAAUGAGAGGGAGGAGAAACGGAGGGAGGAAAGGAGGAUGGAGGCUGUGAAGAGGGAGGUGCAGAGAUUCAGAGAGCUGCAAAACCACCACAAUGUCCAGAGGUCAUCUCCAGAGAAGAUGAUGGAGCUAAGGAGGACCCCCAGGACCACAGGGAAGAAGCGGAAGAGCUGUGAGGUCCAGGGUCUGGUCUUCAGUGAGAACAAGAGGAACAGAGGGAGAGCCCACCUCAGCAAACAGGCCUCCUCUUCGUCGCUGAAGGAGCGACCUCUGAACAAACUGGGGGAUCUCCUCCACAAGUCUCCUUCAAUCAUCAGCUCUACAGCCAAAGGUUUGAUGGGGCUGAUGGUGGACAGCAAAAGCACCGGGUCAAAACUGAAACGAGGACGAAGAAAACUGUACAGAACUCACUCCAACUCCCCCAUGGCUGACUCUCCAGUUACGGCUUGUGAAGGAUUGUUGGAGGAGAAGGAGAGCGACCAUUUUACGAUCAAAAGACAGCUUCGCUCCAAAAGGAAGUGACAUCAUCAUGGAGGAAGUGACCUCAAGCGGGAGGAAGGGUCAUGUGACAUUGAAAAGAAAGAACAGACCUGUGUAAAAAUCAUCUGAAAUGUUGUAAACGUGAUUUUAACUUGAUUUUACGUCUUUGGACUUUUAACAUCGAGGGCGCGACAAUAAAAUAUGUG